AUGACCAAGCCCGCCAACCGCCCCCGCAUAGCCUGCUUCCACGGCGGCGGCUCGCGCGCGUCCGUCUACGAAGUCCAAUGCAGCCACCUCGCCAAGCUCCUCGAACCGGACUUCGAACUCGUCUUCUUCGACGGACCCUUCUUCCGCGACGCUGGGCCCGGCGUCCUCCCUGCCUUUCGCGGCUACGAGCCCUUCCGCUCCUGGUUCACGCAGGAUGGCUCCGGCACCGAGCUCGCCGACGGCAGUGGGUAUGAUAUAACCGGUCGGGAUGGCGUCGAGCGGAUCUGGAAGCUGAUGCGGGAGAGAGACCAGCACAGCCCCGGGGGUCCUUGGGUCGGGGUGAUGGGGUUCAGCCAGGGAACGAGGCCCGCGGGCGGGUUGUUGCUGGAUCAACAGCGGAGGGCUGCGAGCGGAGAGUCAACGGCAUCAACAACACAGGGGGCGAGCUUGAAGUUCGGAGUUAUGUGUAUGGGGGCUGGCGCGCCUAUGGUGGCGGAGAGCGCGCAUCAAUCCGACGCCGAGCUUGUCUCCAUCCCCACGAUACACGUGCAUGGCUUGAAGGAUCCGGUGCUGCCAUUGAGUCGACAUCAGCUGGCGACGUAUUAUGAGCCUAAGCGGAGUGAGCUGUUCGAGGUGGAUUAUCACCAUGCCAUGCCGUGGGUGAAGCACGAGGUGGAACAUCUGGCGUAUCUGAUCAGGACAGCAUACAGGGAGAAUAGCUGA